AUGGCCGCUCCAGAGACUCAACCUGAACCUGAGGCUGAUUCCCCUUGCCAAGACGGUGAAGAUAGUGUUAGUGGUUGUGCUGCUCGUCCUUCUGCUGCAUCUGGACACGCUGAUAACAGUUGCGGAGAUGGUAGUAGUGGUAGUGAUUGUCCUGCUGGUGCUGCUCGACCCGUUGGUGAACAUGGAAGGUCUGCUUCUGCUCCUGGUGGUCCUUCUGGUGUUCUUGCAGGGCAACCUAGAGGUGGUGUUGAAGGUUGUACUCCAGACAGGACUGAUCCUCCGUGUACUUCUGGCGGUAGUGUACCUGAAGCUGCUACUGCUGUUGAUUGUGUGGACUCUUCUUCUCUCAAGGAUAGUUGUCCUACCAAUGAUGUCACGCAAGAUAAUUGCCCUUCUGGUAAGACUGGUUGUAAAAACGAACCACAAGAAAAGGCUCUUGCUAACUCAAAUGAAAAUCGUGUAACUAGUCGUAGCGAACAUCAAGGUCCUACAAUUGCAAGUCGUCCUGUAACUGACAAGGGACCUAAUACUGAUGAAAGACAAGAGGAUCGUGCUCACCCAACUGUUGCUGUUGUUACUCCUGGUGAACCAGAAAUUCGGGAUACUCAAAGUAGAAACGGUUCACAAGGUGGUGCUUCUUCUCCUGCUGCGGGUACUGGCGGUGCUCCUACCGCUGACGGUCAAACUGAAAGCAAUGUGGUCAGUGCAACCGAAGAAGGUGGAUCUAAACAGGGAGAUGAAACAUCACAACCUUCUUCUUCUUCAAACACUUCGGCCACAGUGAGUGAUGUUGGUUCUGAUGCUGCAACACCUGAGAACGGCACUUCAUCUGCAGAGAGUGAAUCAACAAGUAACCAAAAUGAUGGAGGAAAUGCAGAUACGACGACGACCACAACAACAACAACACUUCCUCCUGAACUCACAAACAACAAGAAGGGUGAUGCAGACAGCAGCAGCAGUAUNAGCAGCAGUAUCAGCAGUUCUGUGUGGGUGCGUGUACCACUACUGAUUGUGGUUACACUGGCCUGUAUUCUUGUGUGCUGA